CGUUCUCCGUUUGCCCUACUAUCCAUCCAGUUGGGCAAGUGAUUCCGCUCCGUCAACAAUCGUUUCGAUCCGUCUCUCCCUUUCUGCUUCCUUUUUUGUUUGACCAGUGAAAGACCCCCUUGUUCAAUAUUCGAAAAUCCAGUGGUCUAUAGUUUUUCAAAUUCAAUCUAGUCGUUUAAUUAAGUGCGCAAAAAGUGCAACAUUAUUCCUUUUUCUACCAGAAGUGAGGAAAUUAAGUGAUCCAAUCAAAUAUACGAGAUAGUUUGUCUAAUUCUGACCGAUCGAGUCUCACGUCUUACAUCAUUGGAACGCUCGGCCUUGAUUGGAACGGCAGACAUGACUAGAUAGAUCAAUUGUUUUGGAGUCCCAACUGUCGGCCAGCGUAACCAUCCAGCCACCGACAUGGAUUACAUCAGAGAAUUCGACAUCCGUUUGGAGAAGGAAAUGUACUACGCAGGCGAAACAGUCUAUGGCGUUGUCAUCCUUGACACCUCAGAAAAUUUCAAACUAAGAGCUGUCCGUGUAGUGCUGCGAGGAAGAGCUCAUCUGGAAUGGAAGGUGGUGGUUUCCGGCGAUCAACAGUCCAUUAGCGACGAUCAGUAUUUUAUCGACGAACGAUCAACUAUCUGGGGAAAAGAGAAAGCCGACGGAUCCAUCCCAGUAUUACCGCGAGGUUAUCAUCAGUUUCCCUUCCACUUUUUGUUGCCGGAGAGCUGUCUGCCCUGCUCCUUCGAGAGCAAGAUAGGCACCGUGCGAUAUUACAUCAAGGCUACGGUUGAUAUUCCGUACGCGUCUCCGCCGCAAGGCAUGAAGUAUUUCACCAUUAUCGGACCACACAUCGACUGUAUGGAAGAACAAUACCUGAAACCACUGAGUCGACGGAGAAAGCGAAUUUCUUGUUGUCUUUGCUGUAAGAAAGGUCCGCUAUCGCUCAGUGUUCAACUCGACAGAUCUGCUUACGUCAGCGGUGAAAGCUUACGCUUAAAAGCUGACAUCCACAACCGCAGCUCUGAAGAAGUGCGACUUCGGCUACGCCUCAUUCAGUACGUCGAGUAUACUAUUCAUAGAGGAGUUCUCGGUGCUAACAAAGAGUUGCAACACGUCGUGCUGGAGUAUCGGGGUGAUCCAGUGCAGCCUGGAAGACGUUCUAAAUUUGAUUCAUCACAGUCACUGGUGUUGCCAGCCUUACCAACGACGCUAGUUGGCGUCUGUCGAAUGAUCAACGUCUAUUACGCCCUUCACGUCAGCUUGCUCCUGGAAUCGGAGGCGGAGGAUUUAACAAUGGAAUUCCCUGUAACAAUAGCCACCGUACCAUUUCGGAUUCCUAACUCGCCUAACCAGCCAGUAGUUUAUUACGAACCAGCGUGUGAACAUGUAGAAGGAGGACGAUAUGUCGGACCAGAGUUCCAGCUCGGCCAAGUUUACGAUGGUGGACCAGCCAAUUGUGAAGCUGACGUGGUUCUUUAUCGUCCCGUUUAUGUUUGCGUCAGCUCGUUGCGGAGUCACCUGAAAACGGGAAACAAUUUUGCCGCCAGUUGUGCAAAGCUGACGCAACAGAACAGCAAAGAUCGCAACACGCUAUUAGCUGCCACUGCAUCGAUCGUUUCCAGUUCUCCUGUCACAAAAGCAGCUAUUACUGAAACAGCCAACGCGGGCCACUCAGCGAAUGACGCAGCACCAGCAAUUUCUCACGAUUCCUGACGCUCCGAUGACAUAAUGAACGGUUUCACGACAGCUAAUCAUCGGUUCCAGUAAGCCGAAUUCUGUCACAAGAAAGAUCACGUACUUUAUUUUUAAUUGGCGCUUUGGCAGUUAAGUAAAGAAGAAAACUCGCCAUCUGUCAAUCCCGCACAAAGACGAAUGCAUUUGCAAUUCAAAUGAAUGCCCUGCUAAAAGCCGCAACUGACGUAACAACAAAAGAAAAACUAAUUAUUAUCGCGUAAUGGCCAAGUCGGUUGGACGGCACAUCCGCUUUUAUCCUUAAAGCUUAAAGGCCCUACCACACAAACAAAAGUAACAUAUGCAUAUACAAAUAGAUGAAGGACCCAAGGUGAUUGCAAAUCUGUUGUCCUGAUUGCAGUUUUCAACUGUUGCAUAACCAGCAGCGUGCAAAUAUGUGAAUUAGUUGUUCGUUAUUAUCGUUUUGUUUUGUACACAAAUGGCAUAUGUCUCUCAUUUCCAUAACAGUUACAUUUUAGACAGCCUUGCUUCACGGGAGUGGUAAGUCAGUGAGUACGAGCGACAGAACUAAUACUACUCUACUAGCACCCAACAAAAAAGGAUAUCGGACCUGGGCCGGCCCUCGUUUCGAAAAAAAAAAAAAAAUCCAGUUCAUCGGCUAUCACCGAAUUGAGCAGUUUUGCACUCACUUUGCAAACAACUAAACAAAAAAAACCAAAAAAAUUUCCUAUUUUUUACCAUUUUUUUUUUUAAAGCGUACUAUUAAUGAUGAAACGCUGUUAUGAAUGUAUAUGGACGCUAUGAGCCUUCACGGCCGCGAUUUGAAUCGUUAAUCGUCUUAGAUAUAUUACCCAUGUAAGUCGGUUCUUUACAGGCCAGACUCUCAUUCUUUUCUUCAAAACUCUUUUUACUUUUAUCUUUUCACUAUUCGAAUGUUGCACAUAUACCUUCGUUUUAAUAUGAGUUCCCAAGUUUUCCGUUUUACAUUUGCAUUUCAGUCGUGAAUACAAUCGGACGAUUUAAUAUUUAA